AUGUGCUCUAACAUCUGGUUUCUAGCUCACCCGUCUGUGGUUACAAAUGUGGUCUGGUCGUCGAAUCAAACGGUUAUUGUUGAUUGCGUUUGGAAUGCCUCUUCUUUCCGUAUUGCGGUUGUUCAUGGUUCUAAUUGUCUGAUUGAACGUCGGCAACUUUGGAUUGACCUUCUUCAUCAUUCUGAUGGAGCUACCUUGUUCAUGGGGGAUUUUAAUGCUGUAAAAGGGGCGCAUGAGCGUUACAGCUUGGUUAGUCCUAAUCGUCAGGCUUGUAGGGAGUUCUGUGAGUUUAUUCAAGCCACUCGUUUUAUUGAGUCGCCUACCUCUGGUCUCAAGUUCACAUGGUCUGGUCGUCGUUUUCUCCCCACGCAUGUGGAGUCUCUGUUGGAUAGAACGCUUGUCUCUGACUCUUUUGCGCAGAAUUGGGCCUCCAUUAAUACUCACGCCCUGCCGCGGAUUACUUCGGAUCAUUCGCCGCUUGUCUUUCAAUGUAUUGGCUCGGCUGUGAGACGGGGUAACAAUUUUCGCUUUCUGUCCAUGUGGACAACUCACAGCAGUUUCUUCGCGAUGGUGGAGCAUUCCUGGGGGCAGCAGAUGGCGACGUCGUGUCCCAUUUUCCGUGUGAUGGCUAAGCUUAGGAGGCUUCGUACGGCUCUUAAGUCCUGGAACAAGGAGGUUUUUGGUAAUGUGGAUGUUGCGAUACGCGAGCUGGGGAAUAAUUUAGCUGCGGUUCAGGAGAAUAUUUCGGUUUCGGGUUAUACUGAUGAACUUUUUAAUGAAGAGAUAGCUGCCCAAGCUAAGCUUAAUAUCAUUCUUGCUCGUAAGGACGAUUUUCUUCGUCAAAAAAGUAGGAUUUCGUGGCUUCAUGAUGGUGACCGGAACUCUUCUUUCUUUCAUAACAUGAUCAAGUUUAAAAAGCAUCGUCUAAAUAUUGGUCAUUUGAAGAUUGAUGGUAUUGUUACUACGGAUUCGGGCUGCAUUGAGAGACAUAUCAUUGGACCGAAAUCUCUGCUGCGGUUCAUGAUUGUGAAGAGGGACGUCGUUACUGCGGUGCGUGCCUUUUUUCGGAAGUCUUAUCUGCCGAACGGGUGCAACGCCAGUACUUUAAUUCUUAUCCCCAAAAAAGAGGAGGUGGUUACUGUUGCUGAUCUUCGGCCGAUCAUAUUAUCCAAUUUUUUCUUCAAAAUUAUCUCUAAGAUCCUCGCUUCUAGGCUGAGUGGAGUGGCUGCCGGGUGUGUCUCGAAUAACCAAUUUGGGUUUAUUACUGGGCGUUCGAUUCAUGAUUGUAUUAUGCUGGGAUCGGAAGGGUUCAAUUGUAUGAAAAGGGUUAACAAAGGCUCCAACAUGGCAUGUAAAAUUGAUAUUCGGAAAGCCUUUGAUACUAUGAGCUGGAGUUUCAUUCUUCAGGCUCUUCGGGUUUUCGGGUUCCAUGAGAAGUUUGUUAAUUGGAUCUCUAUUAUCUUUCACUCGGCGAGAAUUUCGAUCUUAUAUAAUGGCCAGUUAAGUGGGUACUUUAGCUGUUCGCGUGGUGUUAGACAAGGAGACCCCCUAUCUCCUAUUUUGUUCGGGAUUGCUGAGGAUGUUUUAAGCCAUCUCAUUACGAACUGUGUGAGUUCGGGUCACUUAGCUCCGAUGGGGUUCAGUCGCGCUACUAAUUUUCCUACUCAUCUUCUGUAUGCGGAUGAUAUUAUCAUUUUUUGCAAAGCUUCAGUUCGCAAUGCAAAGAAAAUUGAGGAGAUCUUGCACUACUAUGGCGAAAUAUCUGGGCAACUUUGUAACCAUGAAAAGUCGAGUUUAUUUCUUGGACCGGGUGUCUCUAGACAGAUGGGCGGGUCGAUUCAGAGGGAAUUACAGUUUACUCGUGGUUGUCUCCCGGUUACUUAUCUCGGUGCUCCCUUAUUCGUGGGAAGACCUAAAGCUUGUUACUUUAUGAGUAUCAAAGAUAAGAUCGUUAGCAAGUUCGACAACUGGCAGGGGCUUCAAUUGUCAAUGGCGGGCAGGUUGUGCCUGGUGAAGUCGGUCAUUCAGAGCUCGAUUGUACAUUCGAUGAUGGUCUUCCGUUGGCCUAAAUCUCUCCUUUUGGAUCUGGAUAGGAAAUGCAGAAACUUCAUCUGGACUGGUAGAGUGGAUAAAAGUGGAACUUGUACGGUGAAUUGGAGUCGUUGCUGUACGUUGAAAGAGGAAGGUGGAUUGGGCAUUCGCUCCUUUGUUACGAUGAACAAGUCGUUUCUUAUGAAGGUGGCCUGGAAAGUUAUAAAAGGGCAAGAUUGGGCGCAUAGGAUUAUGCGCAGCCGUUACUUGGAUGGGUUUGGUAAUGCCAAAGCGAAUGUGGCUGCGUCCUCGGUUUGGCUCGGGCUUAGGCAAGAGGUUCCUAGUCUCGUCAGGGACUCUUACUCUUACAUCGGAAAAGGAGACUCAACGUACUUCUGGACGGACAAUUGGCUUGGUUAUAAGCUUGUUGAUAGGCUUGGCGUUCCCCACUACAUACAUGAUCUGCUCAAGUUUUCGGUGGCGGAUUAUUUUUAUGACGGCGUGUGGCACUUUGCCGCCAGUUUUGUAGAUCGUUACCCGGAUAUUGUUCGUGAUAUUUGUACGCUCCCUAUUGGGUUAGAGGGAGACGUGAGAUACUGGAAACAUUCGUUGAAAGGUGAGGUGUCUGCUGCCUUGGCUUUCAAAGAGCAUGGUCAUAAUUUCCCGAAAGUCUCUUGGGGACGUUGGCUUUGGGAGAGAUAUAUUCCAGUUAGAAGAUCCAUUACUUGCUGGAGAAUUAUUCAUCGGCGUUUGCCGUCGCUUGACAAUCUCAUUCGUCGUGGCUUAAUCAUGCCUAAUUUCUGUUAUAUUUGUCGGCGGGAUGCGGAGUCUAUUGAUCACAUUUUCUGGGCUUGUGGUCGGGUGAAAGAAAUUUGGAGCUCCUUUCUUGCUUGGUUUGGCGUGGAUUACCUUAUUGAGAGUGUGGAUCUCCAUUCUUUUUUAGUGGAUGCUUGGAACCUGAGUUUUAGUCCACAAAUUACUAGUUUUUGGAAGGCGGGGAUCGUGACGCUGGUGUGGAAGAUUUGGCAAGACCGGAACAAGAUUGUGUUUGAUGACGGCUGUUUUCAUGGACCUGGUAUUCUGAAAUUUAUUAAGGUUUAUUUCAAAGAAAUGGAAGCUCACUUCACCCGGCUGGGUCAUGCUUCAAGUGCUUGGCAAGAUUAUGUUAUUACUCGUGCCAUUGGUGUUCGAUCUCGGAUCGCCCCACCUCCGGAGUUGGUAAACGUCUACUGGUGGCCCCCCUUUGGCGAUUGGAUGAAGGUUAAUACUGACGGGUCUGCUCUUGGGACCCCUGGGUUGAUUUGCGCAGGAGGUGUGUUCCGUGACAGCUGGGGACAGGUUCGCGGCUGCUUUCAUGAGAAGGGGGGGCAGGGCUUCGCUUUUGAAGCUGAGCUUCUCGCUGUGAUCUCGGCCAUUUCCAUUGCGCAUGAACGAGGUUGGUUGAAGCUGUGGAUUGAAGCUGACUCUACAUAUGUGGUUAAUCUUUUGGAUCGUAAAUCCGAGGAAGUGCCCUGGCGUUUUGUGGCUCAUUGGAAGCGCACUCUUAGGUUACUUCAUUCUUUUCAAUUGCAAGUUACUCAUAUUUUCCGGGAGGGUAAUGUGGUGGCGGAUUUAAUGGCAAAUCAUAAUAGGGAGGAAGGGUGGUGGCCCUAUGGUAUAGAUGAGAUCAAGCAUGCUUCGGCUAGGGAUAUGGCCUGUCACAGCUACGUCCGAAUCAAGUAG